CAACUUACUUAAAUCUUACAGGUUAUGAGUUAUUUAAUGCAAUUUUAGUCCCAAUUAGGGUGGGUUUCAUAAACCGCCUAUAAAAUAAGCUUAAUAUCAUUUAGCCCUAAUUAAUUUUCUUGCUGUUUGGUUCUUUCCACAAUGGCAGAACUUAACAAUGAAAAACCCCAAGAAAAUCGAAAAAGAAGAAGAAAUUUCAACGAGAGAGUUCAAGAAAACGAUGAAAAACAACGAUCAGUCAGUUUCACUAAACGCCGUUACGGUUUAUUCAACAAAGCAGCCGAGUUAUUCAUGCUUUGUGAUGCUCAGUUAGCCGUUCUUGUUUCUUCAACAAAAGGAAAUCGGAAAAUCUACUCCUUCGGUUAUCCUUCCGUUAACUCCGUUCUUGAUGACUAUCUUAACGUUCGUAAACCUAACCCCAUUAACGACGGCGAUAAAAUGUACGCGCUCUCACUGUGUAAUCAAAUCAAAGAAUUAGAAGAUGAAGUUAAGAAUAUUACGGAGAGAAGUAAGAAGUUAAAGAACGGUGAAGUAGGGUUAUCUUCGGUUCUUGAUUUGUUUGAGAACUCGGAGUCGGUUGAGGAAUUGCAAGCUCUUGUGAAUGGGUUAGAGAAACUGAGAGAUGAUGCGAAAACUAGGGUUGAUAGAACAGUUUCUUGUGUUGCAAGUAAUGAUCACUGUGUCGGGUCGAGUUUGUUUUCGGAGAAGGGGAAGGGCAAGUUGAUCGACAGCAAUAUGAUCACGGAUCUUAAUUUACCUAGUUUCAAAUUUGAUUAUGUGAGUGAUUACAAGAAGAAUAAUUCAAGUCAAGAUCAUGAUGAAAAUUGGAGCCAAUUGAAUACUUCUGAUUAUUAUCACAGCUUCUUGGAUGCGAAAACUAGGGUUGAUAGAGCAGUUUCUUGUGUUGCAAGUAAUGAUCACGGGAUCGGGUCGAGUUUGUUUUCGGAGAAGGGGAAGGGUAAGUUGAUCGAAAGCAAUAUGAUCGCGGAUCUUAAUUUACCUAGUUUGAAAUUUGGUUAUGUGAAUGAUUACGAGAAGAACAAUUUAUCAAAUCAAUAUCAUGAUGAGAAUUGGAGCCUGUUGAAGAAUUGUUCUUUUACUUCUGAUGAUUAUCCCAGCUUCUCAGAUGAUCAUAAGUCUCCAUUAAUUCAUCAAAAUCUUACCAUUGAUGAUGAUCCAUUUGGGGAUCUUUUCGAUGGAUUUUGGUCUAACUAAUUAUAUGUUUAGUGCACUAAGUUCAUUAGCAAGAUUUUGUUCUAUUUUUUGUAGUUUUUUCAUGGUACUUGAAGAGGUUGUAUAAGUAAUUAGUUUAUGAUAUAAGGGAAUUUUAGAAGAAAGAUUGCAUAAUGUGUAGAAUAUAUAUGAUAGCAUCUAAACUUUUUGAG